CUUACUACUUUAACAAGGACUUUAGUGUGAUCGAACAGCAAUGUUGGUGUCUGCUGAAUCAGGUGUAGCCUCCAGCAUCCUUGAUCACCUUUUUUAAUCCAUAUUUUGAUACAUGCAUUUACUGUAUGUUGCAGAAUCACUGAGUGGAAACAUGCAGCCAGAUCAAGGCAAAGAGUGCAAAGGACAGUGAGACAAAUUGACUGGCACAAGACUGUUGACCUAAUAAUCCAUAAAGAUUUCAUUCACAUCAUGAUGAGCUUAUACAUUAUUAUUGAGCGACUGUGGAGUGCUAUAUAGACAUAUAGGCUAAGUAGGGGAAAGGGAGUUUACCUGCAUGACGUUCUGGCUGUGAGAUCAAUAAAAACUUCGAUUUCACAAAAGGAACACUGAUCAGUAUACAUUUAUUGAAGCUAAAAAACAAAAACAGUGAAAAGUUUCCACAAUACUAAAAAACAUCAAAACAGUGCCCUUAUCUGUACAUUCAGCAGUCAGCAAAGUAGGACCCCCCCCCCCACCCUCUCAGUUCAUUCACCAAAUCAGCAGGUGAAGAACAGCUGGUUUUACUACCUGCUGACAUACCACCACCUUGUGACUCCUCCCUGGAAGUAACAAACUAAACACCUACCCUCUGGCACUUCAUAAUCAUAUUAAAUUAACUGUAAAACAAAUGUAAUGUCAGAAAAUGGUAAACCUCUUUCAAACAUGUUUCAAAUCAACUGUGGUUGUGAUCAAACAAACUAAACUGUGUCUUAAGUCAGCAAACAUGUUGUACCAAGUUACCAAGUAGUUUAAAUAUAAAAAAAAAUGUUUUAUGUCAGUUACAACAAAAUAGUGAUAUGCAUUCACUACAUCUUGUAUUCCCGUUCGUAUCAUUGAGAUGCUGCAUGAAUACUUUAAUUGAGCAUUAAGUAUUCAAUAGUUAAUAUAUAUGUGACAGACACAUGCAUCAUCUUGUUCCUCCUACUGCUUUCUUCCCCUCCUUUCCUCUCCAUUCAUUUUUCUGUCUCUACCAGGCUGGCCCCAAGCAGAUGGGGCAACUGAGGAAACUGAGGAGGAAAAGAGUGUCAAGAGUAAAUUACAAGUGCAUAUAAUGUAGCCGAAUUCAACCAGUUGUGCAGCUUAUGCAUAUCAUUAGUCAAAGACAUCUUAAUGGGAGGAAACAUAAGCAUGUCUAACCCUUUUAAACUUUGUCCCAGAAAAAAAUCUUUUUGUUUGGUUUUGCAGUUAUUGUUCCUACUUCUUCUCAUUUAAAUGCAAAGCAUUUUCUGUAUUUUUUUUUUAACCAAAUAACAGCUUUGUGAAACAGUUUGACAUUAAAGCACCCCUAAAGCCCUGACCCCAGAAUCACCCCUAAUAGAAAACAAUCUAUAACAUGUAGCACGUACUAAUACUGAUUCGUCUGUCCUGAGCAUGUAGAGGCUGCACUCCUGCUUGUGUGCCAGCAUAGCAUCCCUUCUUAGCCCAGAUGGGAACUGCAGCAUUCAGCAGAGUGAGCAGCAUUCCAGUCCAGGACAGCCCUGGCUGAGAAGGGAGGGGCGGACUGGAGCAGCAGCAAGUCUGGGGUACAACAUCCUCUCUGCCGAAGCUCACUGCCCCCCUUCCUGCGUCCAAAACCCAACGGACCCCAAAUCCUCUACAUGUGUUUUUAACGCCUUUUCCACAACUCACGAAGCGACAAAACAAAGCGAAGGGAAAGGCAAGGUCGAGUUAGCUGCGCAAAGCGUGUCUUUGUUGAUGUUUUCCUUCUUCGGCCCGGUGUUCCAAGUAAACCAGGAAAAUUGCUUGGUGUAGCUGUAUCGGAGAGAAGGCUCGGGAGGAGGUGAAACUGCGGGACAUCAUGACCGAGAAAGAGACGGUGACAGAGAAGAUUAUAGCAGAUGCCAUGGCUAAUCCUUCUCCAGCAAAGAGCAUGGGGGAUCCUGGAAUCACCCCUCUAUCUCCCUCACACGCCCAGAACGACACAGACCAGGUGCCAUCAGGGCCGUCCUUUGUGGUGGUGGUUGCCAUUGACUUUGGCACCACAUCCAGCGGUUAUGCUUAUGCCUUCACUAAGGAGCCAGAGUGCAUCCACACUAUGAGGCGUUGGGAGGGUGGGGACCCUGGUGUGUCCAAUCAGAAGACUCCAACCACUAUCUUACUGACUCCAGACAGAAAGUUUCAUAGUUUCGGCUAUGCGGCUCGUGACUUCUACCAUGACUUAGACCCCAGCGAGUCUAAGCACUGGCUCUACCUGGAAAAAUUCAAAAUGAAGCUUCACACUACUGCUAAUCUGUCCAUCGACACUGACCUCCACGCAGCCAAUGGGAAGCGAGUGAAAGCUAUUGACAUCUUUGCAUAUGCACUGGCCUUUUUUAAGGAGCAAGCACUAAAGGAGCUGAGUGAUCAGACAGGUGGCGAGUUUGACAACAAUGAUGUAAGAUGGGUGAUCACUGUUCCUGCCAUCUGGAAAAUGCCUGCAAAGCAGUUCAUGAGAGAAGCUGCGUAUAAGUCUGGUCUGGUGUCCCGUGAAAACCCAGAGCAGUUGAUCAUUGCCUUAGAACCUGAAGCAGCAUCAAUCUAUUGCCGCAAGCUUCGCCUCCACCAGAUGGUGGACCUGGCCUCCACCACCACCCAGAACGGCUUCAGCCCCACUGAGAAUGUGGGAAGUGGAAUGAGCCAAGCUAAGGAGCAUGUUCGGCGCAACCGGCAGAGCCGCACCUUUUUGGUGGAAAAUGUCAUAGGGGAGCUUUGGUCGGAGCUGGAAGAAGGUGACCGUUACGUGGUGGUGGACUGUGGUGGAGGAACGGUGGAUCUGACCGUCCAUCAGAUUCGUCUCCCAGAAGGACAUUUAAAAGAGCUCUACAAAGCAUCAGGUAAACCAGACAAACAUACAUUUUGCAGCGGACAUUUCAGCUUAUUUUAUUUUAUUCUAUUCUAUUCACAAACAAAACUACCUCCUCUCCUAGGUGGUCCCUACGGCUCUAUCGGGAUUGACUAUGAAUUUGAGAAGCUGCUAUGUAAGAUCUUUGGCCAGGAUUUUAUUGACCAGUUUAAGCUAAAGAGGCCAGCCGCCUGGGUGGAUCUCAUGAUUGCAUUCGAGUCUCGGAAGAGAGCAGCAGCUCCGGACAGAACCAACCCCCUCAAUAUUAACCUGCCCUUCUCCUUUAUUGACUACUACAAGAAGUACCGGGGCCACAGUGUGGAGCAUGCACUGCGCAAAAGCAAUGUGGACUUUGUUAAAUGGUCAUCUCAGGGAAUGCUGAGGAUGAAUCCAGAUGCUAUGAAUUCCCUCUUUAAGCCCACCAUAGACCAUAUCAUCCAACAUCUCACCGAGCUCUUUGAGAAGCCUGAGGUCAACGAUAUUAAGUUCCUGUUCUUGGUGGGAGGUUUUGCUGAGUCGCCCUUGCUGCAGCAAGCUGUCCAGAACAUGCUUCAGGGCCGCAGCCGCAUUAUCAUACCCCACGACGUGGGCCUAACCAUCCUGAAAGGCGCUGUACUGUUUGGCCUGGACCCCAGUGUUAUUAAAGUCCGCCGCUCGCCGCUCACAUACGGGGUGGGCGUCCUCAACCGCUUUGUGGAGGGCAAGCACCCGCCAGAGAAGCUGCUGGUGAAGGACGGCACGCGCUGGUGCACCGAUGUCUUCGACACCUUUAUUGCUGCUGACCAGUCCGUGGCACUUGGCGAGAUGGUGAAGCGGAGCUACACACCAGCCAAGCCUUCCCAGCAGGUUAUUGUCAUCCAUGUCUACUGCUCUGAAAAGGAGAUCGUGGGGUUCAUCAGCGAGCCCGGCGUCAAGAAGUGUGGGACACUUCGCUUAGAUGUGAGUGGAACGGAAAGCACGGCGCCACGUAGAGAGAUCCAGACGCUCAUGCAGUUUGGUGACACAGAGAUCCGGGCCAUGGCAGUGGAUGUGUCCACUGGACGCACUGUCAAAGCCAACAUUGACUUCCUAAGCCAUUAAGUAGACCCACAGAGAGUUUAUGUUCCAGAAUUGUAGGAAACGUACAGCUUACACAUACAUGCAGACACAAAACCAGAAGCAGAUAUUGAAAUGUUUAUUGUGUUAUUAUGUUAAUCAAUCUUAGUCACUUUCAAUUUAAGAGUGGGUGACAGACUAAAUGAAAGCGUUGAUCUUCACCUAAACCCAAACAUAGAAGAAGCCAUGUUACAGCAGAGAAAAAAAGACAGCAGUCUGGAAGAACUCAGUGUCUUUUAGUUCUGUCACUUCACUCCUAGGUUAUUUGCUGAGGAGCUCCAUACUGUUCACAUGCGCAAACAAACCCAAAUAGGCCAGACCAAGGCUACAGCUUCAUUGAGUCAGGAUUGAAAGCUCCUGACAGGAAAGAUGAAAGCUUUAUUAAUGUCGAUUCUCAUUUCUCAGCCAUAAUGUAGCGCAGGACUGCUUUUGAAAGAGUAUCUCUGUGUGUUCCAGAGGAAAUGCUAUUAAUGUCACUUCAUUCACACAUAGAACCACAAAGUUAUAUUCCAUCACUGUUCAGAAUGCUUCUUUCUGCCACAUUCAGUCAUGUUGCUGAUUUAUGCAGCAUCUCCUUGUUCCAUAUGUUCACAACAGAAUGUGAUAAAAGAAUGCAACGGCCAUAAUAACAUGCAAAUGAAAUACGAUAGCAUGCUUCUCAGAAAUCACAUCAGCACCAGUACACUACAGCUCUGAGGACAAUGUCAGUAGUUUGUCAUGAUCUGCCCUUGAAGUACAAUGCAAACCAUAUUCUAAAGCAUACAAUUUAUUUUUUAGUUUGAGUCUCUACUGUAUACUAACUGUAUAAGCUUUUUAUCAAUAGUAAUUUACUUAAGUGAACUUUGCAGACUGCUAAGAUUUUUGUUAUAGUUAAUGUAUUUAAUGGAAGGCUAGCAGCAAGGAGCUGCACUGGGAAUACCUGACAGUUUAUGAAGCAGAGGCGCUAGUUGGUGUCAUCCUCUAUGCUGACAAGUUUGCUAAAUCAUAAAGACGUUCCAUGUAUAGCGUGUUCAUAUCUGGGUAUUACCUUAUCAAUGUCCAAAGUGCUGUGUAAAACAUUUGAACUAUGAAGGAACAUGGGACCAAGAGUUCACUGUGGGGUGUUUUUGGCCAGCUGUACUCAGUGAAAUGAGAUAUAAACAGCAAUAUAAUAUAGAGUAUCAUUACCUCAUAAAGUUCAUGGUCAGUGUAAUGAUUAUCCAAGAAACAUUGAUAUUGAUUUGUAAUCAUAUUGAAUUCAUCUCCUUGUCAGUUAAGCUAUGGCGUGGUCUCCACCAGCCCCUCAAAAAAGAAAUGGGAUUUUCAGCCACUAAAUGCUCCACCAUGUUCUCUUUUCCCUAACCGCCCCUCUGCUGUUGGGAGCUGGACAGGUAGUGCACAGAUUUAGACUUAAUUUAGCUGUUGACUGGAAAUAUGUCCUGGCUGCUGGUGGAUACCAGCCUCAUGAAGGCCCAUAAAUUUGAAGAACUUUUGCAGGCGGUUGUUUUUCACAUUACACACAGUCAUUUCACGUAUCAAUGGAGCAAACACGUUGAUAGGGAGAAUAACAUGCAGUUCUGUUCUGUUUUUAGCUUGUUUAUAUCAAUGCUAGUUGUUAAAUUAGCUUUGCACAGCCUCAUGCAGGUGGAUUUGAUGCUCACUGAUGUUUGCAGAGCUAAACUUAUGAUAGAGCUUUGUUUUAAUUUGACCGUGUUCAUUGAGAAGAAGAUUACCUGUACGGACGCAUGGUCAGUGCUCCACAGUAUUGAAAUGAGUCUUAAAACCUGAUUGGAUGCUAAGUCACCAGUAUAGUCCUUUAAUAUUAUUCAAAGUUUAAUCUGAAUUAAAGAAUGUGAAACUUGCCGCAAGCUCAAUUUAAAAAGCAAGGACAGCCGCUGAAUGGGGUUAAAUGUUGCCUUUAUUUGUGCAUGUGUCUGCUUAUUAGCUGGAUAAAAUGCUUCUCGCCCAUUAGAAUAUUUUUGAAUCCAGGUGUGGUUGCACACAAACAGUGCAGGCCAGUUGAGAUAACAAAGUUUGUUUACUUCUGUAAAUACAGUAUUUAAAUAUUGUACAGAUUUUUAGCCAUGUUUCAGCAGCUUUAGAGCCUUGUGUGUGUGUGUGUGUGUGUGUGUGUGUGUGUGUGUGUGCGCGCGCGCGCCUGUGGGUGUGCUUUCAUGUGGACAUCUCUCGACAUUUUCUUCUUUCUUAGAUUGAUCUGUUUGCUCAACCAAUUAGUGUGUUGCCUUACUCUUAUACUUAUUUUGCAAUCAGUAAGGAAACUUAAAUACCUCCGUCCUUAAGCAAAGCAUUUCAUUGAACAAAUCUGCUGUCGGUUAGUGCAGAUGGUAGAAGAAUCUGAAUGUGUACUGUCCCAUUUUCCAUCCAUUAUGCAAAACGUAUAUUAACGAGAUGAAUAUGAAAGAAUUAAGUCUUAAUUAAGAGUGCCUAGUAUGAAUAAAAUGUGAUGUCAAGAUUCACUCAUCCAAUCAGAUCGUACAGUGCAUUCCUUCACCCAUAGAUCAUAUAUUAACCUUUACACCUUUACGGUGUGACCCCAGACAUUAUUAUUGACUGUCACACUAAAUAAGAAUCCAGUGAAGGCCACCUCUCAGUGUUAAACAAGUUAGUCUGACAUCCUGGAGAAAAGAACUUCACAGGCAGAAUUAAAGGAACAUUAAAGGAACAUUCCUGUGAGUUCUGUCAUCUCAGUGGACCUCUGUGUGCAGCUAGGAAGAACAAUGGGAGAAGGAACCGUGGUCCUUGUAAUGUAGUGACCACAGCAUACAGUUAGUACCUUUUGGCUGUGGUUAUUUGUUUUUUCCAUGGCACAACGUUCUUUUGUUUUGUUGUUGCUUCCUAUUUUCAAUCAGCAGGGUUAUAUACAACUGGAAGAGACAACAGCUGAUGUGCAGGGAUUCAAAUGUGCUACCUUCUGGCAAAUAGGCAUUUAAUGGAGUCUAACUUUAGCAUAUUGGAAUAUUACCACUGUGCUGAUGAUAUCGCCCCUAGGAGGUUCCCUUCCUCCCUCCAGAUGAAUCUGCAUUAUUAUAGCUUCCUCCAUUUUGAACUCUUCAUUGGUUUGAAUUUACGAGUCGGCAUCUUAGUAUGUUUCAAGCUAAGAUGGCACCUCCCUGCCUGAGCUCUCUCCAGUGGCCCUUUUUAUGGGCUUUCUAAUCUUAGCUCAAUUAUUUGUGCACAUGGCACACACACGACAGUCUUAUCUUUCACGGUCCCGUGCAACAAAAGUUGAUUGCUGUGUACGGUUGGCGUCACUGUCUGUUUUGUAAAGUUGCUCGCAGUUCUUUAAAGACAGCCUUGCAAAUGUUGUGUGUCCUGAAGUCAUCACAGUUCACCAAUGUUGAAUAUGAAUAUGAAAGUACUACAAAUAUGUUGCCUGCAAAAAGUAAAAUGUGCAGAUUGUACUGACUUCUUGAAAUAAUUAGAUUUAAGGGCAGAAUUUUGCUGUUAUUAAUAUACAUUUGCUGCAGUGGCCCUUACAAGUGUGUAUACAGUAGAUGACCAUGAAGUGUCACCAUCUCCAAACACAGCUGAGUGAGACAGGAGGCUGUUUAUAGGUCAGUGAACAAGAAGUAUGUAGAUGUAAAACAUCACUUGAAGGAACAACCUGUGACCCUGAUACACUGAAUGGAUUCAUGGAAAGACGAUCAUUAUUAAGUGGCUCUAACGGUUUGGGAGGAAAGAGGCCAAGUAAAGAUAGAGCCAUCAGUAUUGAUCAAUACGUUUGAAGGUAUUAAUUACCCAUUUAAAAGCCAUUUUCUAAAUCCUUCAUUUGAACUGUGAAUUUAGGCGUGUCUUGCUUUUUCUGUGUCACUGUACAAAGUUGCACAAACUUCAGUUCCCUCUGUUGUUGUCAGCACUCUUUCUGCAAUGCACGUUUCGCAUGUGUCACAUAGGAAUGACUAAACGACAAGUUUAUUACUGCUACUAAUACACAAAAUCAAGGGUAAACACUGAUGGUGAUGGUGAUGAUGAUGAUGAUGAUGAUGAUGAUGAUGAUGAUGAUGAUGGUGGUGGUGGUGGUGUUCUUGGUGGUGUUCUUCUUAGUUUUGUCACUGUGUUGGAGACAGGAUGGGACUGUUUAUACUCAUACUUGAUGGCAGCUCAUAGCAACCAUAGUAGAGCAGCACUUCACAUACUUUACUGAUAACUAACCUAAUAACCCUUCUUUACACUGUGCUCACCAACGGUGAAUAUCAACUGGAAGGAUCUAAUAACACCAUGUCUCUAUUGUUUCCUUGCCUAGAUGAUUGCUAUGUAUUUUCCUUAACCUUGAGUAUUAUGUGAUGCACCGGGUGCUGUUAUGUAGCAGCUUUAGACAUAAAGCUAUGAUGAAACUAUAUGAAGACACGUUUAGCUGACAUUAGCUUACGAUUCUUGGCGUGCGAGGCAUCAAUUUUGGUAAGUCUGAAGUCAAGUGACUUGGCGGGUGUGAUUUGAGGUUGCAGUCUUUUUCAGCUUGCAUCGCAUACGUAUCUGCUUAGCACUAGAAUAUACAACAGUUCAGAAGAUUCUGCAGCUAAAAUGACUGAGCUUGUAGUUAGGGUCAUCUUAGUCACUCUGGAACGCAACACAAUGUACACACUUUGUUCUUUUACUCCUUUAUUGUUGACGCAGAUGCGUAGUUUGUUUUUAUCUUGAGUUAACUAAGUGUCUUGUAAUCCUGCAGUUUUCACACAAUAAUGGAUGUGUUUUGAUCAGCGCCAGGUCACCAAUAAAGUGUAUGUGUAUUUCAACAAA